ACGAUCAACAAAUGGUAGCGCGUGUGUAAAGUCUGCGAGGUCAAUUCGAAGUUUUCGCUUGACUGUUUUGCUGCAAACGACAAAGUGGACAACAUUCACCGCUAGUGGACCAGGACGAAACCAGUUCUGCGGUCGACGAUAAGAAAUCAACCCUCGAUUCUGAAGUGCGUCUGCCGUCGAACAUCUGCCAAUUCGGGUUUAACGAAGGUUCGGAAUACAUCGCGCAAACCGGGUUCACGAUGAAGCUGGCACAAUAAAUCCUCGUUGUCCGGUACUUUGCUCCAGUUUGGAACGGGCACCGGAGCGAACGAGUUUAGUGCAAGGAGUACGCGGGCGGGUGCGAAAGGACAAUCACUUCCUUGGGCUUCGUGUGCGGUUUGUGGAUCGGUAGUAUAAGUGGCAUUCGACUAAGCGCAUACACACGCGACAAACGACGCCCCGCCGCGUAUCACCAGCUCUCUUACCUGGCUCGGCCGUACCGCCAUGUCGGAAGGAUUUGGCAACGGCCAACAGGAAGGAGCAGCAGCGGCAGCAGCAGCAGCAGCAGCUGCGGCAGCAGGACAGCUAGUAGUGGACGAUAACCUUCUCGGGCACGGUGGUGGUGACGGCAACGAAUAUCAGUGGGCGUACGGCACGAUCAUGGACUCAUCACGCGUUUCGACUUGUCUCAUCUCGAUGCUGCUGAUCGUCUAUGGCAGCUUUCGCAGUCUGAAUAUGGAACAGGAACAGCGGGAAAAAGAAAAGAAACGACAGAGCGAAAGCAUGAACAAUUUACUCACCGGUGAACCGGUCCAGCAGGAACAGAGUAAGUGUAACCCAGCGAAUAAAGAAUGGUUCACGCGACGAAAUACUAACGAAUCGGGUCGUUUUGAUUUUGCAGAUAAAUUUGCAACAUUGGACACAAUGCACGCACUGUGUCUUCCUCUCGGUGCAUCGAUCUCACUGCUCGUGAUGUUUUUCUUCUUCGACUCGAUGCAAAUGUUGUUCGCCGUAUGUACAGCAAUAAUAGCCACCGUUGCGCUAGCAUUCCUGCUGCUUCCGAUGUGCCAGUACAUUAUACGGCCGUGCACGGACGGUAACCGGAUAUCGUUCGGAGUGUGUGGACGCUUUACUGCAGCCGAAUUGUUUAGCUUUUCGCUUGCCGUAUCGAUCGUUUGCAUCUGGGUGCUUACCGGCCACUGGCUACUGAUGGAUGCUAUGGGUAUGGGGCUGUGUGUGGCCUUUAUUGCAUUCGUGCGACUUCCGAGCCUGAAGGUGUCCACGCUACUACUGACUGGGCUGCUCAUCUACGACGUGUUCUGGGUGUUCUUCUCCUCGUACAUCUUCAGCACGAACGUGAUGGUAAAGGUGGCCACACGGCCAGCAGACAACCCCGUCGGCAUAGUGGCGCGCAAGCUAAACCUCGGCGGUAUUGUGAAGGAACCACCGAAAUUGAACCUUCCCGGUAAGCUAGUGUUCCCAAGCAUCCACAACAGCGGUCACUUUUCGAUGCUCGGGCUGGGUGACAUCGUGAUGCCGGGGCUGCUGCUGUGUUUUGUGCUGCGUUACGACGCAUACAAAAAGUCCCAGUCGACACAAACGGCCGAAACAGGCGUUCCACCACCUAAAGGAGUUGGCUCGAAGCUUACUUAUUUUCAUUGUUCCUUAUUAGGUUACUUUCUCGGAUUGUUAACCGCGACUGUCAGUUCAGAAGUAUUCAAAGCGGCACAACCUGCGUUGCUUUAUCUCGUACCGUUUACACUGCUACCUCUGCUUACGAUGGCAUAUCUGAAGGGCGAUUUGCGGCGCAUGUGGAGUGAACCGUUCAUCAUACAGCAAGCGUCGAAGCAGCUAGAGGUAUAAACCGCAUACACCACUCAAAUGCUCCCCGCGAAGGGAUUAACACAAUACAAAGCAACAAAGCUCUGUGUACGCAACACCUAGUAUUAAGUGCAACUAAACUACACAAGGGCGAUAUAGUGUAAUAGAAGAGAAGAGGACUCUACUGCAAUUAUACUGCAUAUACCGUAUUAGAAACGCUGCAGCAAUGUUGCUGUGGUUGCGUGUCGCAGGUGAAUCGCAAUCUCUGUGUAAACAUCGUAUGAACAAAUUUGGAACAAAGAAGGAUGAGAUACCCCGGUUUUUCUGUUUUUCUAGCACCGGUUCCCCGUAAAAAAACACUCUCGGGCUGCACGGUUUCAUCCAACGGGCGUGCACGUACGGUAGAAAUCGGUGUAAGUUUAGAUUGAUGGUUUAGGAUUAUAGCGUAUUAAAGAACAGGACCGAGAAAACUUGGCAUGAGAGUAGCAAAACAUGCGGGAUGGAUGGUGUACGAAGAAAUCAUUUAAUAAGGUAGUUUAACAAUAUUUGAAUGUGAUUAGGCGUUAGGGAAUUAGUAGACGCGUUUUUGUGUGUUUGUAUGUGUGUGUUUUUGCGGCAAAGCAGUGGUGCGCAGCAGAAAACGCAAAACAUUCAAAUCAAAAAGCAAAACAAGCGAAUUGGGUCUGAGAUUGAGCGACCCAGGCAGUGCGUGUGUAUAUGCGCUCACAAUGCUCCUGCGUGCGCAGUAAUAUGUUUAGGGUUUAGGAUUACAUCUCAUUUACGCAUUGUGUCCUGUACACAACCCGCUCGCCUUCCCAUCCCCCCAUGCAUACUAACUACCGUUACAUAUUGGAUGAGCCUCACGUUGCAGCAGUGCAGUGCAUCUGCUCUUUUUGCGUUGAUUUGCAUUCAGUUACUCAGUACAAAGUGUGCGUGUGUGUUGUAGUGGUACGGCAGACGUUUUACGUUUCCUAGAGCAUUUAUUUUUUCCACCUUACGAUGUUUAGAUUUGUACACUCUACGCUUGUAUGUGUGGUACAUAUAACUUCUGCGAUCGGUACAAGUUACAAUUCAGGUACUUUUUCUGAAUUUAAUACUUGUUUGUCUUAUUGUUUCUCAUGGGCUAAAAAUAGAAACGUACCAU